UGGCAAAUAAUCAAAUGUCCCUCCUCCCCACAGCCAAACCCAAUCCACAACAGAAACAGAAGGUUGUAGUAAACUAACUGCUCAGCAGCGAGUCACCACACCGAUGCAACUCACCUGCAACCUCUUCAUCCCUAUCAACAAACCUUCAAUCCACAGACUCUCUUUCAAACCUCGCUUCUGCUACUCCACCGAGUCCAACUCAGUCCAAUCAGACAGCCUCAAAACUCUUGAAUGGAACUCCAUAUGCAAGCAACUCUCUGCAUUCACUUCCACUUCAAUGGGCUCCUCCGCCGCCAACAACGCCCGUUUACCCGUCGGACUUACUCCACACCACAGCCAAAAGCUUCUCGAUCAAACCUCCGCUGCCAGACUCGUCCCUCAACAACAACUCGACUUUUCUGGAAUACAUGACUUGACUGACAUUCUCUCCGUUUCCGUUUCUGGUAAAUUGUUGACCGUUCCAGAGCUUUGCACCGUUCGAAGAACACUUUCUUCUGCUAGAGAAUUGUUUGAUACUUUGAGACACUUGGCUUCUGUAUCUAAUCAUUCACACAGGUACUCACCCCUUCUUGAAAUACUGCAAAAUUGUAAUUUCUUAAUGGGCUUGGAGCGCAGAAUAGAAUUUUGCAUAGAUUGCAAUCUUUUGGUAAUUCUUGACAGAGCAAGUGAAGACCUGGAGAUCAUUAGAUCAGAACGAAAAAGGAACAUAGAAAUCCUGGACUCUUUAUUGAAGGAAGUAUCAUCUCAAAUUUUUCGGGCUGGGGGUAUUGACAGACCAUUUAUUACUAAGCGUCGAUCUAGAAUGUGCGUGGGUAUCAGGGCUUCGUAUAGGUAUUUGCUUCCAGAAGGUAUAGUUCUGAAUGCCAGCAGCUCUGGAGCAACAUACUUUAUGGAACCAAAAGAAGCAAUAGAUUUGAACAACAUGGAAGUUAGGCUUUCAAACUCUGAAGCGGCCGAGGAAAGAGCAAUUUUGAGUAUGCUUGCAUCUGAAAUAGCAAAUUCAAAAUCAGAGAUAAAUUAUUUGUUGGAUAAAAUUCUUGAGGUUGAUCUUGCUUUUGCAAGAGCUGCCUAUGCUCAAUGGAUGAAUGGGGUAUGCCCAAUUUUCAGUUUAGGAACUCUUGAAGUUUGUGAAUCUGUUGAAAAGGACAAUGACAUUUCAGUCGUGCAAGAUGACGAUUUAACAGUAAAUAUUGAAGGUAUGCGACACCCAUUACUCCUUGAGUCGUCUCUAGAAAACAUUUCAGAUAAUGUCACACUAAGGUCUGGAAAUGCUGCUGAGUUGGGUAAUGGAAAUGGAACAAUGGCUUCUAAAAGCGCAUCCCAAGGCAUAACAGACUUCCCUGUGCCAGUUGACUUCAAAAUUAGAUCUGGUACUAGAGUGGUAGUGAUCUCAGGACCUAAUACUGGAGGGAAAACUGCUUCAAUGAAAACGUUGGGCCUGGCAUCACUUAUGUCAAAAGCCGGAAUGCAUCUGCCUGCCAAGAAAAGUCCAAAACUUCCUUGGUUUGACCUUAUCCUUGUGGAUAUUGGAGAUCACCAGUCCCUUGAACAAAAUCUCUCAACUUUUAGUGGGCACAUCUCACGUAUCCGUAAGUUUUUGGAAGUGGCCUCAAAACAAUCACUUGUUCUCAUUGAUGAAAUUGGUAGUGGAACUGAUCCUUCAGAAGGUGUGGCUCUUUCUGCCAGUAUCUUACAAUAUCUGCGGGAACAUGUUAACUUGGCUGUUGUGACCACUCAUUAUGCUGAUCUAAGUACCAUGAAGGAAAAGGAUACUUGUUUUGAAAAUGCUGCAAUGGAAUUUUCACUGGAAACCUUGCAACCAACUUAUAGGGUUCUCUGGGGAUGUACCGGUGAUUCAAAUGCAUUAAGCAUAGCACAAUCUAUUGGCUUUGAUAAAAAUAUAAUUGAUCACGCACAAAAGUGGGUGGAGAAGUUAAAACCAGAACAGCAGCAAGAGCGGAGAGGAAUGCUUUAUCAGUCAUUACAGGAGGAAAAAAAUCGAUUGAAGGCUCAAGCUGAAAAGGCUGCUUCCAUUCAUGCAGAAAUUAUGAACGUGUACUCUGAGAUCCAAGGGGAGGCAGAAGACCUUGAUAGACGUGAAACGAUGCUUAUGGCAAAGGAAGCUCAACAGGUCCAACAAGAGUUAGAGGAUGCAAAAUCUCAAAUGGAAAUUGUAAUACAGAAAUUCGAAAAGCAACUAAAAGAUUUGGGACGCAACCAACUUAAUUCAAUAAUUAAAGAAUCUGAAACUGCGAUUGCCUCCAUUGUAAAAGCUCAUACUCCUGCUGUUGGUUUUCCCAUCAAUGACGCCGAUCGCACUACAUCCUAUACUCCACAAUUUGGAGAGCAAGUCCGUGUGAAGGGAUUGGGAGGAAAAUUAGCCACAGUGGUAGAAUUGCUUGGGGAUGAUGAAACAAUCUUGGUACAGUAUGGUAAAGUGAAAGUACGUGUGAAGAAAAAUCGCAUCAGAGCUAUUCCACCAAGUGCAAAGAAUCCUGUAACUAGUUCUGCCACUCAUCAGGGAAGGCAGAAACCACUGAAUGGAAAAUCCCGGGGUAACUUAGAGAUGAACGGCGGCAAUGAUGAUAGUUAUUAUGGUCCAGUGGUGCAAACAUCUAAGAAUACUGUGGAUCUACGAGGUAUGCGACUGGAAGAAGCUGCAAUCCAUCUUGAGAUGGCAAUCAACGCAAGUCAGCCAUAUUCGGUUCUCUUUGUAAUACAUGGGAUGGGGACUGGGGCUGUUAAAGAUCGUGCGCUUGCUAUUCUGCAAAAGCAUCCUCGUGUCACUCAUUUUGAACCAGAAAGUCCAAUGAAUUAUGGCUGUACCAUUGCACGUGUUAAGUGAGAGAACCCUCGUCCCCAAUUUCAAUAAGGCAACAGCAGCUUGGACCUGCUUUUGGCGAGGGUGUUUUUCUGCUUGCUUAUUCUUUACAGGACCAACCAAGUGACUAAUUUUGGAUGUAUAUACAUACGUAAACACAUUUGGUGGUAUAAUUACAUGAAAGUUUGUUAAAUUUAGCAGUUUUAAUUUUUU